UGUUUAGCGGUCACCUACCAUUCUGUUUCCAACUGCCGUUCCUCCACCAGAAGGAAGGGAGGAGAAGGAUCCCUGCUGCUAUAUUCACCUGAAUAUGAGGAAAAAGAAGAAGGGGAGAAGGAAUAAGCAGAUGGCUACGCCGCUGGGGUUAUUCAGGCACCCAUCAGAAUUCUGAAGUUAAGCUUGUUUGGUGCAAUUGCCACAUUCAGCAAUGCACCUGAUCUUAUUAGAACUCUCAAGUUAAGCAUGCUUCGGCCAUUGCCCAUACUGGAGAAUGCAGAUGGAUGAAUAGAUAGAUAGAUGUGUAUAGGGGAGGGGCAUUGAAUGGCGGCGGAAAUGCCUUCUUCUUCUGCAGCAGCUUUAGAACCUUACACAUCUGCUUCUGCUGUUUCUUUGCAGGGGGACCUUGUUCUCGGUGUAGACAAUACUUUCGACAUUAGUGAUAGUAAUAAUCAUGCCUCCUCUUCUAAUUUUCUUCCUCCUUCUCACCAAGAACCGUCAUCGAUAUCAGGUCUGUCAUAUAGAUUGAAUCUGUCCAUCUAUCCUUCUUCGGAGGUGCCCCAGGAGCUGCGGGAUGAUGCUUGGUCAUGCCUCGUCAUUCUUCUCACCUUUUGGUUCUUUGCAGUGUCGAUGACACUCAUUCUUGGCUUUUAUGGAUCUGUUGAUCUCCAUCUUACCCCUAAUUACUCCCGCCUUUUGCGAGCUAAUUCGUUCUUUGUACAGGAAAUGAAGGUGAAAUCAGAGAGCAAACAAGGACCGAUGCUCUAUGGGUUCUUGACUGUCCCUCCUUUGGAUAUUGAGACAUGGUGGAGCGAAAGCUAUAAUGUCUCCAUACCGUCCAAUUCCCACAUGGAUUGGAACUUCUAUCUAAACAGUGGCGCCGAACUCAAUGUUUCUUACACUGUGGAAACUAAUAAUAUUUCUCAGCUGUACCUGAUAAUAGCCAAAGGCAAAGAAAGUCUCGCCGAAUGGAUCGAGUAUCCAUCAUACCCUAAUACCACAUUGUCAUGGAACAUUAUUGAUGGAACUGGCAUUGUUCAAGAGAAAAUUACCAGGGCAUCUGAUUACUAUGUUGCAGUGGGAAAUAUGAAUCCUGAGGAUAUAGAGGUGCAGCUGGAGUUACAAAUGAGGACAUAUAUGUACAAUACAAGCAAUGCGUAUUACAAGUGUUCACUUGGCCAUGAACUUUGCGGGUUGAAGCUUUUCAUUCUGGGAGCAAAUGCUGCUGUCCUCACAACACCAACUUUGAAACAGGAGGGGCAAAGGGAUGACUGGUAUGUGAAACUCUCAUAUGGGCCAAGGUGGAUCAUGUAUUUUAUUGGCUCGGGUGGAAUGACAAUCCUAAUCUAUCUGACCUUCAAGUCCAUGUCUGGGUCCCUGUCAAGGGUGGCUGAAUUCCAAGCCAGCAGGGAGGUGGCACCUGAAAGAAUGCCUUUGCUAGCUCCCAAAGAUGAUGAUAAUUCGAGUUGUUGCUCAUCUUUCGGCUCCUUCCUCUCUCACGAUGAGGAAGAGUAUGAGGGGAAGGUCGCAGCUGGAUUGGGAGAAGGGAACCACAGUCAAGAAGGUGGUGAGACGAGCAAUCUACGACGUCUCUGUGUGAUAUGCUUCGAUGCCCCGAGAGACUGCUUCUUCCUUCCCUGUGGUCAUUGUGCAGCCUGUUUUACGUGUGGCUCUAGGAUAAUAGGUGAGGAGCCUGGUACUUGCCCAAUAUGCAGGAGGAAAAUGAAGAGAGUGAGGAAAAUAUUCACAGUUUAAAUCUUGUAAAGGAGGCAAGUUUGAUUAGUGCCAUUGCCAGAACUGUGUAAUUACUAGCUGGCUAUUGGAAGUGUUGUGAAGAGUGGCAAGUUUUUUAAGCCAUUUUAGGAGCUGUUCAUGGUUUUUUUGUAUAUUUUUUGGGGGGUUGUUCAGUGGGCAAUUUCAUAUGUGCCCAAGGGAUUAGUGCUGCUCACUCCCUCUUCUGCACUCUGAGGCAAGCCCAAGUAAAUCCUGAACAAUAAGUAGGGAGAAAAUGGGCCAAGUCUGAGUUACAAGCAAAAGCACAUUAUCCUAUACUAUUCCAAUGAAUAUUUUGUGUAGAAAUUAUUUUUCC